AUGACUUUGUUCCCCACCAAGUUUGAAAAUGGGAAGAUUGAGUACAAGAUAAGGUACAAGGGGAGAUCAAGGCCAUUCUCUAGAGCCAAGGCCUUGGUGACUUCAGAACAGUCCAGGGACCCAACCAAGCUAAAGGAGCUUCUGUCUCAAGUCCUCACUAUCACCCUUGAUGGUGUCAAAGGAGCCAGCUCGACCGAUAGCUCGAUCGAGCUAGAAACCAGGGCAACUCGAUCGAGCUACACAACUCGACCGAGGUACUUUAGUGAAGAAACAGUGUACAAGAUGACAAACAGUGAGGGAAGUCGCGCUUCACAGAGGAGAAUGGUUGAGGGUGAAUCAAGCAAUGCAAGGGAAAGAAGGCUUAAGAUGCAAGCCGAUUUGAAGAGGAUGGAUCAGAGGAUGGAAGAAUCUGAUGCAGAGGGAUAUGUGUACUCUGAGGAAGAAUCUGAGAGUGAGAGAUUGAGAGGAGAGGAGACCAAGAAGAGGAAUGACCCCAUUAGUAGUGAGAGUGAGCAAGGGGAGUUUGAGAUUGGAGUGAACCUUGUUCAAGAGGAGGGAAAUGGUUCUCCAAAUGAAGAAGGAGUGAUGAGACUGAGAGUGAAGAGGAAGGAGAAGAGGUGA